CUCGAUUAUUUACAGACCCCCGUCAUAUAGUUGGAAUAUUGUUGAGUCCGGCAUUAAACAAAAAACAAACAAACAAAUCUUAUAAACGCCUACUCGCGAAUCAACUUUUGAUAUCUCAGAAGUUUCCAUAUUUCCAAAUUUUCUUUAUCAUGCAGGCACAUGAGUGCGUCGUUAAACAAAACAAAAAUGAAACGUGUUUCAAAAUAGAGAUGGAAGAUCAUGAAAUGUUAGCAUUGUUGUUUUUGUGCAGAUAACAAUGAUAUUGAUGGAGUAAUGACGCAUGUUUCUAUUAAAGAUAUUUUAUAUAACAUAAAGAAUAUUUUAAACCAUGUGUGGCAAUAAUAAGGGCAAUAUUUCUCACUGUUUGCAGAUUGUAUAUAUGUAUUGUAUAUGUAUUGUGAUGUGUAUGUUUGAAUAAUUAGUUUGUAGUUAAUUACAUGACCCUGAUGUUUCGGGAAUCUUCUGAGCUUAAAGUGGGUUAGAAUCCUUGGUUUGUUUAAUGACACUAAACCCCUGCUCCUGGCUUAAAGUGGCGUUAGGCACAGCUUAUUCACUAGUCUCUCAUGUUACUAAUGUACGGAUGGGAUCAGAUUACCUUACAUGGCUUUGUUUUACUUUCACCUACAGAAAUUAAUAUUUGUUGUGUGUUCAAAAGUUUAUUGAUAGAUAAAUAGUAUGGCAGAUAAAUUCGUAUCUGCACGUGCUCCCUCAACAUCUUCUUAACGAUCUGUGUUGCAUUAAGCUGAACUAUUUACUGAAGAGAGUAGUUAACACACACACACACACACAUAUAUAUGGAGGUAUUCACAUUUCCGCAUACUGCCCAGGCCACAAUCCAUACCUGCCGUAUGUGCAGCUAUAAGCUACUGGAAGUCCGAGCACUAUCUUUGAAGGUCAAUAUCUUUAGGACACGUUGAUAAAGACGUUGCAUGAAACAUGUUGGUGUCAAAACUUGCAAUUAUAAUCACCGCAUGUUUGAUGAUUUCAAGAGGCUAUGUUAUGAACACAGCAGGUAAGUAUUUUUUCAUACGAUUAUUUGCUUACAGACAUUCUGUGCGUGCCUCACAUUUAGGGAAAACUGUAAUUUAAUAACGUGAGUGUAGUGUUAUCGUAUUGAUAAAAUAAGGAUAAUAUAUAAUAAAAUUUGUAUUUAUUACCGUUGGGGUUCUAAUGUUGUAAUGGAAAAUGACGUUUGUUUCAAACAUAUAUGAGAGCGAAAACAUUGUAAACGAUGUGCAGAGAGAGACAAUUCAAGUAUAACAUGCUUGAUGGGAACGCUUACAUUUAUCGUUCGUGAUGGAAGGAUCUGAUAUAUCUUUAUAUACCAUAAGGAACAUUACACUGUAUCGCAAGGCGUGUUCGUGUACAGUAUGUCGUGUAACUGAAACUAUAAGAUAAACUGUAUGGAAUAGCGGUAUUGAUAAAACGUACCAGUCACAGUUCUCUCUCAUGUUCUGUGACCUACUUAAACGAUGCUUUAGGGUAGCAGUUUAUGCAGUGAAAACAUCACGUACAUACAAAUACAAAUAUCCUGUCUUCAACAGCUUCACACAAGUCAUUGUUUGGAGGCCCAGAGCUGAGCGGUUUAUUGAAUUUGAUGACUCUAGACAUUGGCUCCACACUGGUGUACAUUCAUGGGGAUUCAAUAUGCAUGGAAACAACAAACACUAUAGAAGAAUGGGCACGUGACAAAAGGAUGACCUUGAUGUCCGUAUCUCUGGCCAACCUUGACGACUUUCUUACAACAGUCACGACUACUAUCAUACAAAAGAACAAAAUCAGCAUUUACCGUAAACAACUCAAUUUUAUUGUAAUCUGUGAGAGAACAAGUGAUUGCUUGAGUGGCAUUACUGAUAUGGUUUCAGACAAAGACAGAAGAUAUGGCAAACGAGCGCUUUUCCGACAUUUCUCAAAAUGGCUUUUCGUUCACCCUUACCAGGCCACAUCAUUGCCCCGUGCUAUCGACACUGAAAUCGAUAAUGUGGCUUUUGCGAUUAAGCUGAUCUUGUCUCAGGUGCAGAAUCAGAAUAGUUCCAGUUUCACUUGCACACAUGUGAUGACGCUGCAGUGGACAAGCACUGGACGAGAGUGGACACGCAUUGGUGAACCGUGCAAUGUAACCAACACAUCAACAAGCUAUAUAUCAAUUUUUCCAAAUGCACGAAGGGGAUUAAACGGUAGAAAGCUUACUAUUGUUGUUUUAGAGUGGGUUGAUUACUGUAAGAAAGUGCAAUCUCCAAAGCUUCACCCUGUAACAUACACCCAUGUGUGCAGGGAUCUUUUUGACAGUCUAGCGGCAUUUCUCAACUUUAGUUAUGUGUUUAUUGAGCCAUCUGUUACAUCGUGGGGUAAGCGGCUUCCCAACACAUCAUGGAGUGGAUUACUAGGCAUGAUAGCCCGCAAUGAAGCUGAUCUUUCCGGGGUGCCAUUUGGCAUAACAAUGGAGAGGUCAACGGUAGUAACAUACUCAUACAUGAUACAGUUCUCAGCAUAUCGUGUACUGUACAAGAAACCCAAAGAUGAAGAAACAGCCUGGCUUUCACUUUUGUCCUGCUUUAGUCUGGAAGUUUAUUUAUACGGUAUAUGUGCCAUGUUAUGGUGUAUGGGACUUUUCAAAGUAAUGGAGGAAAUUGACGUUGGACCUCGAGACGUUGGGCACAGAAGAAAACCACCCAGCUCAUCGACAACGAUGUUAAGUAUCAUUAUCGCGAUCCAGGUGCCAUUGCGUCAAGGGUUGUCAUAUCUACCUAGGAAAUUACCGAGCCGUGUCUUUUACACAUUCUGGUGGUUUUUCUGUAUAGUCAUCACGUCUGUAUACAUGGGGAAUCUCAUAUCAAUCCUCGCUGUGGUUAGAGAAAAGGUGCCUUUUAAAAAUCUAGAAGAACUCGCCACAAACACUGAAUUCUCAUUAAGUGUACCAAGAGGAUCAUACAUUGAAGAUGCGGUGAAGCAUUCUAACGACUCUAUUAUGAAGGCUUUAUGGAAAAAGGCUGUCGCAAGUAGAACCACCGAAAUCGUCAGUUCCUUAAACGAGCAUCAAGAAUUUAUAAAACUCCUUCAGUCUGGAAACCAUGCUCUAAUUGAAGUGGAAACUGUCAUAGCUGCAAUCGAACAAGAAAUAAAGGACUUGAGAGUAAUGAAAGGAAUCGUAAUCAACAUAGGACUGAGCUUGCCUUUUCCUCUCAACUCGCCGCUUGCUGAUCUGUUUUCAGAGAAACUCAUGUUACUGUAUGAUAAUGGAAUGCUUGAUGGCUGGACCAAAAAGUGGAGUACCAAUAAGCAAGAGAUUCAUGAUACUUCGACGCAAGUAAAACCACUAACCAUAGCUAAAUUGCAAAGUGCUUUGGUAGCAUGUGCUGCCGGAAUUAUACUAGCUGCGUGUAUUCUUGGAACAGAGCUCAUUAUCAAAAAGCUUAGGCGAACAUAAAAUAAUGUUAAAAUCUUACCUACAUACUACACAACAGGUUAAAUGCACACAUGAAAUCGUCUUCAGGUGAAACGUAGUAAGAAAUUCAAUAUGUACACCCAUUUGACUACCGUCAGAUAUGAAAAAGAAAGUCCCUACAAUUUCUGGAGUGAAAUUGCAUUUUCAGCAUUUUAAACGUGCGUUGUCAGUGAACCUAAGUCACGUGUUGGGCAAAGUUGAAUGUUCUGACUAUUGCGCCCUUGGUUAAUCAAUAUGUCCGAAAGCACUUUGUAUUGGUUACAUCAGCAUGAGACAUCACGUGUCCAACCCACGUCAUGCCGACUCCGCCCAGGACCACUUCAUACGGCUAUGUUAUUUCCAGCAAAUGUGAACAAGUUAGCUGCGACAACGGUGAUGUUACGCAAUAUAUGGCUUAACCAGCGAUGGGGGACUGUUUGGUUCAGCGACGUGUCAAGGGUGUACGUCGUCAUCAUCAAAAUUUGCCACCGAUUCCAUAGGGUUGGUCGACAGAUUUGACGGUGGAAGCGAAAUGAUCUGGACUGAGUCUCCCACACUGGUCGAACAAACCUGGUGCAAAUUAACAGCCUAAUGCUAGUGUGAUGAACUGCUACAGCCGUAGGUUACACAAGGAACCACGCUCAUCUUUCUACAACACAAUUCGACCCCAAACAACACACGUGGCAGCAGCAUACCUACGGAACUAUAGUGUACAAAUCCUCCCAUGGCCCUUUGAAUAAUCAGUUUUGAUCCGCGUCGCCUCGUACGACGACAUCCUGAACCACGGACCCUGCAACAGCUUGCACAUCUACUAAAGGCCGAGCUAGCUAACAUUCACCGAUGUGUUGGUCGUAUCGGCAGGGGAUACUUGAUGCUUAUGGUGGACACUAGAUACCAGAUAUGUUGAGUUCUCAUUACCUUGAUGUUCGUCAUUUUCCGUGUAAUUUCUUCAUAUUGGACACGUGUCCACUGUUGUCCUAUUUGCAUUAUGGCAUUACUUCAAGUGUUCAUAUGUGCAGUAAAUGUGUGUUACUUCAUCUAACAAAAGUUUGGUUUCUCUUUCUUAAGACUAUUUCUUAAUUAUUUCCCUAUAAUGCAUUUUUACAUGUUCUUCUUAUGCAAAAAAUGGUUUGGUAAAUCAUUAUUCAAGACACGACAUAGGAUUGUUGCUAUAUUUAGCCUUUUGGUAAAACCAAGAAUAUGUAUGAUCAGGAAUGAAGGGAUAACAGCACAUAUUGCAAACCCACCUAAAAUAUAUCAACGAUUUAUGAAGUCAGAAAAAUGUGAAAAAUGAAUGAUGUAUUUCAUUACUGAAAGACUAUAGGCCCAUAGUAAAUAUAGAUUUGUUGUUCGGUAGCAAAUUAGAUUUUAAGUAACAUGGAAUUAAAAAUAAAUGAACAAUUCCGCAUCGAAAGGCUACGAACAGUUGCCACAAAUUCUGUAAACGUAUAUAAAGUAGGAUUAUUGAGGGAGAGAGUGAGUUGGAUGUAACGCCACUUUGAACAGUGUUUGAAUUACAUCAGUGUCACAUUAAUAACGGAGAAAUUAUUUCUUGAAUUGUGACUUUGUUGUGGUUACCGCCACUCUCAGCUCGAUUUGGGAGGAAAACCCCAGUGAUGCAUAUGCAAGUCUCUGACGUUUACCACGUUUGGUGAAACACACGAUCAAGUGUGUGGUGCUGAUAAAUCUACAAACAUUAUCAGGGCAAAUCUUGGAUUCGAACCCACGACCAUAGGUUACUGGCAAGCCUGAGUGACACAGUUCUACCCAGCGAAUUGCAGUACCAUAAACAACUAGGUUCCAUGACCCCCUAAGUAGGAAUAAUAUACUAGCGGAAAAAAUAUUGUGCAGCUUAAAAUAAUC